UCCAGAAACAGCACAGCAGGACUCCUGUCUGCAGUGGGCUCAACCGCGCCUAACCCCGGCUACAGAGUUUUACAACAAAAGACAACAACUUGGAAAGUAUUUUUCCGUGGAGUUACGAGAGAAUUUAACACUGGCCGAGAGGAGAACAAAGGGGAGGGACGGUCUGAUGGACUCGGGGAUGAGAUAGCGCUCAUAAUAACCCCAUCUCCCCAUCCUUCCCCGUCCGACGCACUGUUAUUUUUCUUCCCGGGUGAUGUAACUCAUUUAUGACUGACUGGGCUCUGAAGUAUUCCUGCAGCUGACCAAGCGCUCAUAUUUUUCUUGAGAUUAUCAGCGCACGGACAUAUUCCGCAACCCGCAUCUGCAGGUUUUAGGUGCCCGUGUCCAGGCUUCGGUGAGGGGGCUCAGCUCAGCGGGACGUAGCGCUGUGUUCAACCGGCUGUUCCCAAUAGGGUCGGUGGUGGUGCAGUCAUGUGGCAGAGGAUUCAGAUUUGUUGGGCACUGUUUGCACUGUAUUCAGCGGCACCGCCUGCCCACAUCAACCGCCUGGCGCUGUUCCCUGACAAAAGCGCCUGGUGCGAGGCCAAGAACAUCACACAGAUAGUCGGGCACACAGGAUGUCAGCCUCGCUCUAUUCAAAACAGAGCUUGUCUGGGCCAGUGUUUCAGCUACAGCGUCCCCAACACUUUCCCACAGUCAACCGAGUCUCUGGUGCACUGUGACUCCUGCAUGCCUGCCGAGUCACAGUGGGAAGUGGUGACACUGGAUUGCCCAGGCAGUAAAGAGUCUCCUCAUGUGGAUAAACUGGUGGAGAGGAUCUUCUACUGCAGCUGCCAGCCCUGCAUUAAGGAGGGCGGCCAGGAGGGGGGGGUGAUGCAGCUGUAUCCAGCAGACAACGUGGUGGAAGCGCCGUCUUUAUCCGACACCCUCAGCGGUGCUCAGGCUCACCCUCUGCCCCCUCCAGACACACACUCUCAUAAGCAUGCUCACCCACACACAGAUCAUCACACACUGCCACACACAUCAGACGGGGGUUAGGUGACGCUGUCUCUGCUCAUCUCUGCCGCCCUCUGUCCUACACACCACAUCCUUUGUAUCAAUCUGUAGUAUUGUAAAGGCACUUUGAAAAUAUGGCUUACCUUUGUGUUGAAACGUCUCUCUCACACACACACACACACACACACACACACACACACACACACACACACACACACACACACACACACACACACACACACACACACACACACACACACACACACACAUACUUACACUCACACUUUCACAAAGUUCUCAGAUUACACUCCAUUGUAUAUAAACUCGUACAAACACAUGCACUCUUUUUGUUUGCUGAUUUAACAUAUGUGUGCUUCCAGACAUGAGCUGUAGUCUGAAUAUUUUUAAUCCGCUUUAAUACACUAUAUCUUAUUGUUGACAUAACUGCCUUUUGUCUUUUGUUCUUUUCAUACAAGUGCCAGUAAACCCACUUUCACCAUGA